AUGGCUUUUGCUAGUCCACCUGUAUGGAACCACAAAGCAGCCGAGGCGUGUUCAUCGUUCAUUACUACGAUCGUCAAUAACUCUGACUGUAUCCCCCGGUCAAGUCUGAAUAACGUAGCAAUCUUGAUGGAACUACUUUCUGGCGUUCAAGAAAAGCUCACCGAGGCAGGAAUUGACUGCAAGGACAUGAAGUCUACAGCAGUCUUUAUGGCGAAACUACGAGAAGGAACUGGAGGAGCCAUGAUUAUGACCCCCGAAGAAGGAGCUGCCCUACUCCAAAAGUCGCAAACUAUGGUAUCGCGGGACGCUCCUGACCAUCUCUACGUACUUGGUGGGGAGGUGGUGCUGCUUUAUCAGAAGUGGCAGGACAAGAAGAAAAGAAAUGAGGCGAAAGAUCGGGAGGAGAAGGGCGAGAAGAAAGUGGCCGAGCCACCCUUGCCAGCUUACAGCGUCAUUACCGAUGGUUUCACAGCAUGUCUCAAUAUGAUUGAGAUCAGUAAUGAUAUGGUCGGAGAUCAUCUGUGCGGUGCGUACCGCCUGAAGAUUAAAAACCUCUAA